AUGCCUUCGAGUCCACCCUCCGAUAUCUUUCUUUCCAUUCGGACUUCUUGCGAUAGGUGCCGCUUUCAGAAGCUGAAAUGUCUUAUAUCCGAAGAUUCGAGCAACUCUAUGUGCUGUCAGCGGUGUGCCCGAGCAAUGGUUCCCUGCGUUUUUAGUCGUCGAAACAAAUCCAGGCGGAAAAGGGCUGCGGCGAUGCCCAUCUCCGAAGGGGACGGCGUGCCGACAAAGGUCACGACCUCGAGCCCGUCACAAGCUCCUUGUCCGAGCCCUAUGAAGAAGGAUAUCCCGAAUUCGGAAGUACCAGUAACCCGGACCUCCGAUGGUUUCUCCCACGACAGUAGGAAUCAAGCUUUUACGCAGGGCGAAUUGGCAUUGAAUGGAGCUUUAGAGCCAUGGGGCAUAGCAGAAGACCCGCUCAAUUACCCGUUCCAAGAAGAUACAAUCAUGAAUGACUUGUGGCUCUUCACCGACGAUAUAAGCCUUGGUAGUCUAGGUAAAGAGGGACUGGGCUUGCCUAACUGUGGAGUUAUGCCUGUAUCAUCAUCAACCAGUGAGGAGAAGACCAGCCCAUUUGGUUCUACCUCUUUUGAGGCACAUAUGACGCCCCCUGAGCGUGGUGCAGCCACGAAAGUACUCCUAUGUCUUGCCUCCGACUUGCACGAAACCCUGGAGGCAUUGAAUAACGGACGGUGGCAGCAGAGAGAGACCUGCCGAACCCUGGACAACUACCCCAUCGGCAACAUUCUCCACUUGUCGCAGGAAUUCAUCGAACUUGGAACUGCCCUACGAAAAGUCAGAUCCGAAGACGAUGCCUCGGGGAAGCUGCAGACGAACUGGCAAGGGGAGUUUAUCGGAGCCUUUGACCCUCCGCAACUCGGGCAGGGGUCUACAGCUUCACCGACCUCCUCAUCCUACGUCGACACCUCAGUAACUCUCAUCCUAGUGAGUUGUUUCGUCACGCUUACUAGGAUCUAUUCCACUGUUCUGGGACACUUCCGGGACCACCUCAAUCUACAGCCCAGUGGACAAACAAACACUCCGCAUACGAGCAUCGACCUAGGGCCGACGCUGUGCUUUGGCGAGCUGCCACCCACCAAUACGUGCUAUAGCCGCGUCUACACGGCGGUUAGCAUACUCCUCGACUUGUUUAAGCAGGCUGAAGAGGCUUUCGGCCUGCCCCCUGAGAAUCGAUUCGCUGGCAGUCUGCAAUCCUCAGGCACCUGUGCCACAUGCACGCCGGAGACAAAAUCAUUCUCCGACGCCUUGGUGAACCGGGGGUUGGCUGGUGCACUGCCUUGCUUGGAGGCACUGACGAGCGCGAGUGGGGUUCAGGAAGCGCUUUCUGUUUUGGAGAAGCAAGUUGCAGACAUUAAGGGUCUUGUACGAGAGAAAAUGGGGUUGUAG